UAUAGGUGUCAGUUGGGGUACAGAAAAGAUGGAAAAAAGGAUAUGUGCCCUCUGUCCCAAAGAGAACGACUGGAGUGUGAUAUACUUUGCACCAUCAGUGAAUAUAGCUGCUCAUGAAAAUUGUUUGCUGUACUCAUCAGGACUGGUCGAAUGUGCGGAUCGUGAUCCAUAUGAUACAGAUAGAAAUUUUGAUGUGAAAUCAGUAAAGAAAGAGAUCUGGAGAGGACAAAGAUUGAAAUGCUCAUUAUGUAAAAAAAGAGGAGCCACCGUGGGAUGUGAGGAAUCAUCCUGUGCCAAGAAUUAUCACUUACUCUGUGCCAAAAACGACCAGGCAGUUCUACAAGUUGAUGGAGCUCGUGGAACCUACAAGUAAUCAAAUAGCUUUAAAACUAAAUGGUGGAGGAGGUGGGUGUGUAAGGAGUGGUCAGAUUGUGACAUACGUCUCCAGCUUCAUUUAUGCAAAUGGUCUUUAUGUGAGAACAGGACUUAUGGGACACCCAUCAGGAACUCAGCUUCACAACAUGUCUGCACAUGACGGGGAAAAGAACUACUCAAGGUUUUGUUGGACUUUCUACAGUUUCUCUGCACUCUCUUCUUCCUGUGAGAGCCUCGUUUGUAAUGGCAGCACGCGUGUGCUACAGGAGGCAGGGGCCAGUUCAAGCCUGUUCUUUACUGCUACAGGAAGAGACCUUCCUUCACUUACACAUCCACAGAGCCAUGGGUCUAUACUCCCACCCUGUGGGGGUGAGCUCUCGGCCUCCUGUGCUG